AUGAGCCUCACACCAGGGCUGAAAGAGCUGGUCGACCAAUGGCUGCGCCAAGAUCCGAACGAAGAGACUCGCAAGGAGGUGGAGACGCUGCUCAAGGAGGGGCAGUAUUCCGAACUCGAGAAACGGAUGAGCCCGCGAAUCGAGUUCGGCACGGCAGGUCUCCGAGGCCGGAUGGAGGCCGGAUGGGCGCGCAUGAACGAUCUCAUCAUCAUCCAGGCCUCCCAGGGAUUGUGCGCGUACGUCGUGAAAACUGUCGAGAACGCGCGUGAGCGCGGGAUCGUCAUCGGCUACGACCAUCGGUACCACUCCGAGAAGUGGGCGAAGCUGACCGCCGCGGUCUUCAUCGAGAACGGCGUGGCUGUGUACUUCCACGACGGCGUCGUGCACACCCCUUUAGUGCCGUUCAAUGUGAGAGCGAAACGGGCCGCGUGUGGUGUUAUGAUCACCGCCAGCCACAAUCCCAAGCAAGACAACGGGUACAAGGUCUACUGGGAAAAUGCAGUGCAAAUCAUCGAACCGCAUGACAAGGGCAUCUCACAGUCGAUCAAGGAGCACCAAGAACCUCGCCUUCUGAACAUCGAAUCUUUGCACACCUCUACCCUGCUGAAGCAGUACGGCUACGACGAGUACUUGGCAUACAUCGGCUCCCUUUGCCACAGCCGGACGGCCAACACCCAGACCCCGCUCAAGUUCGUGAACACCUCGAUGCACGGUGUGAGCGACUCGCCGAUGAGCAAGGCUUUCGAGCUGUUCGGCUUCCCGAUGUACGUCCCCGUCGCCGCCCAGCAGAAGCCGGACCCCGAGUUCCCGACGGUCAAGUUCCCGAACCCAGAAGAGAAGGGUGCUUUGGAUCUCGCCAUGGCCACCGCGACGGAGUGUGGUGCGGACUACAUCCUCGCCCAGGACCCGGAUUCCGAUCGGUUUGCGGCCGCGGAAAGGGGACCCGAUGGGAAGUGGAUCCAGUUCACGGGCGACCAGCUUGGGACAUUGUUCGCCAGUGCUUGCCUAGAGCAGUACAAGGAGACGGGAAAGCCACUCUCGAAACUCGCCAUGGUUGCGUCCACAGUUAGCUCGAAGAUGAUCGAAGCGAUGGCGCACGCCGAGGGCUUCAAGUUCGCGGAGUGCCUGACAGGUGUUGUCCCCUCUCCCCGCGUCCGAACGGUGCCCUCAUCCCAAAGCACAGGUUUCAAGUACAUCGGAAACACGGGCCUGACUCUGGAGCAGGAGGGCUACACCGUGCCGUUCGGGUACGAAGAGGCCAUCGGCUUCAUGUUCGGGGAUCAGCUCCGUGACAAGGACGGCGUCGCGGCCUCGGUCCGUACCCCUCCCUCCCACCCGCUCCCGGCUCGCCCCAACUCACCCUCCCCCGCCCCCAUCGCCCAGGUCGCGUUCGGAGAACUCGUCGUGCGCCUGCAGCAGCAGGGCAAGACCGCGAGCUCCCACCUCCGCGAGCUCUCCGAACGCUACGGCUUCUUCCAGCAACUCGUACUUCACCUGCACGGACCCGUCCACGAUCGCGCGCAUCUUCGCGCGCAUCCGCGCCUUCCCGCGUCCGCGUCCGCGCCCCCCGCCCUGCCCGCGUACCCGCCGACGCUCGCCGGGCUCGCCGUGACCGCGGUGCGGGACCUGACCGAGGGGCACGGGUACGAGAGCGCGAACGCGCCGAGCUGCGCGCCCACCCUCCCGCUCUCGUCCGGGCAGAUGAUCCAGUUCCGGGCGGAGCGCCGCGCGGACGGUGUGCGGGUCACGCUCACGACACGGACGAGCGGGACGGAGCCGAAGAUCAAGUACUACCUCGAGGGGAGCGGGAAGGACCCGGCGGCGGUGGCGGCGCUGCUGCCCAUGGUGGUACGGGAGCUGUCCGAGGUGUGGAUGGAGGCCGAGAAGAACGGGCUCGGGAAGCCGUAG